AACGUAGUCAUUUUUACUGGUCUAUGAUUUGUAUGAAGAGACCACAUUCGGUGGCUCACACAUUUGGAUUUGAUUCAGGGCACGUUCGUUCGGAGUGAUUCUAGAGCAUACGUUGUAGCGUUUAGCGCAGAAAGUGAUCAAAAAUGCCGAGUCAAGAAGUACUCACGACGAAAGUGGUGGUUCACCCUUUGGUGCUACUAAGUGUAGUGGAUCAUUUUAAUCGUAUGGGAAAAAUUGGAAACCAAAAAAGAGUAGUUGGAGUGCUUUUAGGAUGUUGGAGAGCGAAGGGGGUAUUGGAUGUGUCAAAUAGUUUUGCAGUACCCUUUGAUGAGGAUGACAAGGAUAAAUCUGUAUGGUUUCUUGACCACGAUUAUUUGGAAAAUAUGUAUGGGAUGUUUAAAAAAGUUAAUGCUCGCGAAAAGGUAGUGGGAUGGUAUCAUACUGGACCUAAACUUCAUCAAAAUGAUGUGGCAAUUAAUGAAUUGAUUAGGAGAUAUUGUCCAAAUUCAGUAUUGGUUAUAAUUGAUGCCAAACCUAAGGACUUGGGUCUUCCUACAGAAGCUUACCAAGCUGUUGAAGAAGUUCAUGAUGAUGGUUCACCAACCUCUAAAACCUUUGAGCAUAUCCCAAGUGAAAUUGGAGCAGAAGAAGCGGAGGAAGUUGGUGUAGAACAUUUACUUAGGGAUAUAAAAGACACGACUGUUGGGACACUUAGCCAAAGAAUUACAAAUCAGCUUCUUGGCUUGAAAGGACUUCAUGCUCAAAUUCGAGAAAUCAAAGAUUACCUCCUUCAGGUGGGCAAUGAUAAAUUACCCAUCAAUCAUCAAAUUGUCUAUCAACUGCAAGAUAUCUUCAACUUGUUACCGGAUAUGACGCAAAACACUUUCGUUGAUUCUCUUUAUGUGAAAACGAAUGAUCAAAUGCUGGUAGUUUACUUAGCAGCUCUGGUCAGAUCCAUCAUAGCUUUGCAUAAUUUGAUCAACAACAAGUUGACUAAUCGCGACGCGGAGAAAAAGGAGACGGACAAGAAAGAAGCAAAAAAGGAUGAAAAGAAAGAGGAGGAUAAAAGGGACGAGAAGGAAAAAGCUAAAGUGAAGUGAUGGAUGAUUGGAGAGUGAUCUUAAAACCGGUCAAAGUGGCGAUCGGUCAAUUAAACUUAAGAACGAUUUGAAUUUUUUGUAUAAAUCUAUCGUUAGUAAAGAUCCCUUCAACCUGUACAAAUCAACAUCGCAUUCUGAAGAAAUGACGGUCGACGACUUAGCGAAUACUUGAAGUAAACAAAGAGAAUAUUUACGAGCAAUGAAACAUGGUGGAGCAUCGAUACAUUUUUAAUUGCAAAUGAAAAUCAUACAAGAGCAUAAUAAAGUUAGCUGGAUACUCAUACAAAGACAAGUCUUCAAUAGCUGUGAUGUUUGCAGAGCAACUGGUAAGAUGACGCUCAAUGUAUGCAUUUUUAUAUAUCAUUCUUUGAACAAUUAACUAAGAAAAGAAGUAGUUUAACUAAAAGAAUAUAGCAUCGUAUGUUUGGCAAGAGAUUUGUACUCUUGUCAAUAAUUCAAUGAAAAUUAAAUUCUUUAUUUAGCAUGAAGAAAACUUCGCGAUUUCUUAAACCAUCAGAAAAUUCGGACCCAACUUUUGGUGCACUUUACCGAACGUUACACUGUCCAUUACUUUUGUUUUCUCCAUUUUAUUCAUAUAGCGUAUGAUUCUUCGAUCGUGAUACUGCCGAUCUGUACUAAACAAUGUAUUUUAUAUAAAACCUAGCUUUCACGAGGCCGAACUGCAUUAUUAAUAAAAGUCCAUCAUUCGUCUA